CGACUAGCGUUUUUGUGUAUUCGGUAGUAUUAUUGUGAGGUUGAAAAAGUCGUUCUAUACGUAACAUCUAUAAAUAGUGAUUGUGGAUUUAAAUCAAACCAAUUUUGAAUUAUUGUUCACUACUGUACACAAUACUGUAGCACUUCGGCGGCAAGUUCCACGAUGCGUCGAAAGAGUGAACGCACCGCCAGCAAAAAAAAUAAAUCUUCUCCGGACAAGAAGGAGAAGGUUGAAAAAGCAAAACAUACUAGAACACGACGCAGAAAACCAUCCUCAUCGUCGGCAAGUGAGACUACUGAAGAACCUCGUCCUGUAGUUGCAGUCGCUAAAAUUGUUGAAACAAAUGCAAUCGAAUCUAAGUUGUCAAAGGAAGAUAAUUCUAACGAGUCGGAGGAUCAGGUAUGGCAAGUUAAAUCUACGGAAAGUUCCGGAGAUGUUGGUGAAAUUCAAAAGUUAAAAUUAUGCCUUGCUCGACCACCUUCAACACCUAAAAGAGUGGAUAGGUCACCUAAAAGUAAAAGGAAACAUCCUCGAGCUACCAGCUCCAGUGAUGGCCAAAGUGUAGAAGGAGAUGACAAGAAAAAGUCUAGGCAUCGUUCUAAACGGCACAGUCACAGUGAGACGCAAGAUGUGGAGAAAAAUGUUGAUCGAGAUGAUAAAACUGAAAAAAUAAAAGAUGUGUCACCAACCAAACCAUGCAAGACCGAAACCAGUCAAAGUUGUAACCAAAAAACAUCUUCAACUGAUGAAAAACCUGUGUCGACAACUACUGAAGAAAUUAAAAGUGAUAACGUAGAAACCAAUGAAGCAGAGAAAACUGAAGAAAAACCAGAAGAAGAAAAAUCCACAGAGACAGAGUCUUCAAAGGAUGCUGAAGUUCAAGACAAGGCUUCGGAUGCUGAAGCAGCAACUGCAUCUCCGAAAUCAGAUAUUGAAAAAGAACAAAAAGAUAGUAUAAUCCUACCAAAUCAAGAAAGUCCAGUCAGGAAAAGAAGUCUUUCAGCAGAGAAAUCAGAAAUUUUGGAGUUGCAUGCUGAGGAGAGCCGGUGUGAAACAUCAGAAGUGAGUUUUAGUGAAUCCCAGGAUGCAAAAUCGAAAACAUCGUUUGAAGAGGGGCAACCAGGGUCUAGUAGCGACGAUAAAGUAACUCCUGACAAAAGCAAGGACAAUAUAUUUCCUAACACUACUGAAGACAACAUAUUUCCUAACAGUACUGAAAACAAAAUAUUUCCAAACAGUACUGAAGAAAAAAUAUCUACUAUCAAUAGUAAGGAUAACGUUAUUCCUGACAAUAACGAAGACAAAGUAACUCCUAAAAAUAGUGAAGAUAAAGAAACUCCCAAUAAUGCAGAGAUCAUAAAAUCUCCUAUAAAGAAUGACAUAGAGCAUGAUAAAAGUUUUGAAAAGGAAUUAACAACUACCCCAGAUUCUACACAAGAUGGUGCUCCUAAAACAGAAACUGUAUCCCAAAAUAACAAAGAGAAUUCUCAAACUACUCCAGAUAUUCCUAAUGGGGAAAUAACCCCAAUGGUCAUUAAUAGAAAAAGAAGAUGGGGUUCACGGCCUAGUAAAUUGACAUCCCAAAAAUCUAUAACAAUUUCUACUGAUGUUCUAAAAGAAAUAAUACCAGAUGUGAAGCCUGCUGAAUUUGAUGAAGUGAUUGAAGAGAAGAAGCAUAAAAGGAUAGGAGUACCUGAGAAAAUUGACAGACCUAUUCUGCCAAAAAUAAUCAUUGACAAUACAGACAAUGUAGAAGUUAGUAAGAAGGAAAAAAAAAUUGAGGAUAAAGUUAAUGAAAACGUUAAACUCAAGGACUCAAAUUUUUCAUCAGCGCGUAAAAUAUCAAUCGUUAAAGAUCAUGACAGCAUAAUUGCAAGGCCACCUAGUCCACCAAGGCAUAAGCAGUCCAGUAUUUUGUACAUUACAAACUUAGUAAGGCCAUUCACUUUGCCACAGCUAAAAAAUUUACUGCAAAGAACUGGAAGAAUAGUAGAUAAUGGCUUUUGGAUAGACAGGAUUAAAUCAAAAUGUUAUGUUAAAUAUGAUAUUGAAGACCAAGCCGUUGAGACAAGACAUGCUUUGCAUGGAGUCACAUGGCCAGUCUCAAAUCCAAAGACAUUACAUGUGGACUUUGCAACAGAAGAGGACUUUGAUAAAGCUAAGGCUAAUGAAGAAUCGGAUAAUGCAAAAGUUUCUACCAUUCCUGGUACAGUUGAAGAUUGGCUGCGGGAGCAAGCUAUGAAAAGAGAAAAAGGGGAAUUGGAGAAACCAUGGGAGCGAAAAACUGCAAUGCGAGAAUGGAAUGUUGGUAAAAAUGAAAAAUCAAAGGAAGUAAUUCGCCCCGAUAAGUACCUAAAAGAAGAGCGACCUCCUGAGAAGAGAAGACAUCGAACUAUUGAGAGAAGCCCUGAGCCAGCGCGGAAAUUUAAGAAGAAAGAAGAGGAAGUGCCUGCAAAGCUCUUGGAUGACUUAUUUAGGAAGACAAAAGCAACGCCUUACAUAUAUUGGUUGCCGCUUUCAGCUGAAACAAUCGCCGUGAAAGAGGAGCAGCGACGGCAGCACAUGGCUGAGCACGAGCGUAGGCUGCAAGAAUUGCGACGUACUCACCGCCGACAUUAACAUCGUGGAGGUCGGUGUAUGCCGUACGACACUCACUCGGACACACAUACACACAUUCACUAGCACAGCCACAAACAUAUACACACAUAUAUACAUUUCUAUCCACACACAUUGCAUUCAUACAAUCCAAUGAACUACAUUCUACUACCGUAAUAUAUGUCAUAUACCUACAUUUAAUUUAAUAUGAACGCUUUGUCGCGUUGUCAACUUU